AUGACGGAUCACUGCUGCUUUGCCCUGAUCGGCGCUGCGGUGGUACUCGCUGCAUGCGUGUACCUCGUGUACCUGGUCCUUGAAAUCUAUGUGCUCCCUGGCAAACCGAUGUCGACCUAUGGUGCGAACGUCAAGAUGCGUGGCGCUGGUAGCUGGGCCCUGGUGACAGGUGCUACCGACGGUAUCGGCCGUGAGUUUGCUAUGCAAUUGGCCAAGCAGGGCUUCAAUGUGGUGGCGGUAAGCCGUACUGCGGAGAAAUUGGCUGCGCUGAGCAAGGAGAUUGAGCAAAAGUACCCUGGCACCAAGACGUGCUACUACGCCAUGGACUUCCUGAAGGCCGGCCCUGCGGAGUACCGCGGUUUGGCGCAGCUGAUCAGCCACCUCGAUGUGGCCGUGCUGGUGAACAAUGUGGGUAUGUCGCAUGUCAUGCCCGUGCCGUUCUUGGAGAUGGACGAGACGGAGAUGCAGUCGAUUUGCGAGGUGAACAUCAUGGCGACGCAGCGUGUGACGCGCGUCGUGGCCCCUGGCUUGGUCAAGCGUGGCAAGGGUCUGAUCCUCAACCUCGGCUCGUUCUCUGGCCAGUGGUGCACGCCGCUCAUUGCGACGUACGCUGGCAGCAAGGGUUUCCUGAUUGCGUGGAGCCAGGCACUGGGCGAGGAGAUGCGUCGUGCGAACGUCGAUGUGCAGCUGCUCAACACGUACUUUGUCGUGAGCAACAUGUCGAAGGUGCGUCGUGCCUCGAUGAUGGUGCCGUCGCCGACGACGUACGUGCGCCAUGUGCUUUCGCGCAUUGGCCGCUCGUCCGGUGCGCUGGGCCGUCCGUUCACGCUGACCCCCGUGCCGUCGCAUGCGUGGAUCGACUGGGCGACAGCGCACCUGCUCCCGAAAUGGUUCCUUCUGCGCAAGGCGUACGAUGUAAGCCUCGACACCCGCCGCCGUGCGAUCCGCAAGGCGGAGCGUCAGGCCAAGGCACAGUAA